AUGUCAAAUAUCAGUUUUCAACCGAACUCUCGAACGGAUGCUGAUGAUCCAUUUGUCGAGCAAUUUGCUCAACGUGUCGUGCACUUAAAAGUUUAUCGACCGGAUUAUCUCGAUGCGACUCGAUUUUCGAACGUUCAUUCACUAGAAUUUUACGAUUUUCUAUCUCAGCAACAAUUGGCACAGGUUCGACAUGAAUAUUUUGCUCAUCUUGUUCAUCUUCGAAUGUGCUAUAUAGAAGACUCUACUGUUGCAUCGAUCUUUUACCAAAUGAUUUUUUCCAAUGGAUUUCCAUCUUUGUAUAAAUGUAUUUUGGAUGAACUUAUUCCACCAGAACCCAACCAUCGAUGGUCAAGCUCACCUUCACUUCACUCACUCAUCAUUGGCGGAUUUGCUUUACCUGUUUAUUCAUUUAUACUUAUUUCUUGUCCAAAUUUGACUCAUCUACAUUGGUCGACAAUACGAUAUACAGAUACAGACAUUGAAGUUGUUCCUGUUCAACAUACUCAUCUAAAACGUCUUUACAUUCGAACGAUAAAUAUUCGAAACAUCGAAACUAUUCUUCUUCGUGUGCCUAAUCUUAAGCGAUUGUAUAUUGUUUCUGAUUGGUCUCGUGGGAAUAAUUGUUUACCAUUGGAUUUCAAACAAUUGGCUGAUAUUCUAAUUCGAUGUGUUCCCUGUCUGCAUCAUUUCGAUUGUGAUACAAUGCAACGAAAUCCACUUGAUAUUGAUAUUAUUCGUAGAUUUCAUUCAUGUUUCAGACGCAUUCAAUUUGAACGAGUACCUGAUGGUCGUACAAGAAUUUUUACCAUCGAACGAAAUGGUGUGUGA